AUGAUACAGCCUUUAAUUCCCCUCUUCCUGGGGUUCCUUGUGCAAAAUACCUGCUCCCCAGCUGAAGCCACAGGGCAGGCAAAAAGGUGUGAUAAGAAGUCUUUUCUGACAAUCAGGACGGAAUGCCAAGCCUGCUCAGUUAAUUUUGAAGCCAAGUGUCCAGAUGGUUAUGUCAAGAUUACCAAUGGCUCUGUCGGGGUUCGAGAUUGCAGGUAUUCAAUUGAGAUCAGAACAUACUCCCUGUCUGUCCCUGGAUGCCGCCAUAUAUGUAGGAAAGACUACCUACAACCUCAAUGUUGUCCAGGCCACUGGGGCCCAGACUGCAUGGAAUGCCCAGCAGGAGCACAGUCACCAUGCAGUGGCAGAGGCACUUGUGAUGAAGGCAUGGAAGGGACUGGAAGCUGUUCCUGCCAGGCGGGCUUUAGUGGAACAGCCUGUGAAACCUGUGCUUCUGACAAUGUUUUUGGGCCCAAUUGUUCAGCAGUGUGCAGCUGUGUCCAUGGUGUGUGCAACAGGGGACUCAAUGGUGACGGAACCUGUGAGUGCUUCUCUGCCUACAGGGGCCCCCGGUGUGACAAGCCCAUCCCGGAGUGUGCGGCCUUGCUCUGCCCAGAAAACUCCAGGUGCUCACCUUCCAGCAAAGAUGAAACCAAACUCAAGUGCAAGUGCCUUCCCAAUUAUGAAGGUGACGGCCAACACUGCAGGCCCGUCAACCCCUGUUUAAAAAACAGCUGCCACCCUCACGCGAGUUGUUCCUUCCUGGGACCGAAUCAGCACAGCUGCUCGUGCCAAAAAGGCUACCAUGGAGAUGGCCAAGUCUGCCUUCCCGUAGACCCCUGCCAAACGAACUUUGGAAACUGCCCUACAAAGUCUACAGUGUGCAAAUAUGACGGGCCUGGACAGUCUCACUGCGAGUGUAAAGAACAUUUCCACGAUUUUGUACCUGGAGUGGGGUGCAGCAUGACCAACAUCUGUCAAUCAAACAACCCGUGUCAUAAGAAUGCAAACUGCAGCACAGUCGCACCAGGCCAAACCCGAUGCACAUGCCAGAAAGGUUACAUGGGCGACGGCCUGACCUGCUAUGGAGACAUCAUGGAGAGACUCAAAGAGUUAAACACUGAACCCAGAGGAAUGUGGCAAAGAAGGCUGACCUCUUUCAUCUCCAUCCUGGACAGAACUUAUGGCUGGCCACUGAGCAACCUGGGGCCAUUCACUGUGCUGCUCCCCUCAGACAAGGGACUAAAAGGCUUCGAUGCAAAGGAGUUACUGAUGGACCACGAGGCCGCUCGAUACUUUGUGAAGCUCCACAUCAUUGGCGGGCAAAUGGGCACAGAGCAGAUGAAUGACACAGACACCUUCUACACACUGACCGGAAAAUCAGGGGAGAUCUUCAACAGGGAUAAGGACAAUCAACUAAAACUCAAACUUCAUGGAGGCAAAAUGGUGAAAAUUAUCCAGGGGGACAUAGUUGCUUCAAAUGGGCUUAUACACAUCCUGGACAGGGCCAUGGACAAGAUAGAGCCCACCCUCAAGAGCAACCCCCAGCAAACCGUAAUGGAAAUACUACAACCAAGAUACAGCAAGUUCAGAUCUUUGUUAGAGGCAACCAGUGUCGGACAGGCCCUAGAUGAAGGUGGCCCAUACACCAUUUUUGUUCCAAGUAACGAAGCACUGAAUAACAUGAAGGCGGGCACCAUUGAUUCUCUCCUUUCUCCAGAGGGCUCUCGGAAACUUCUGGAACUCAUCAGAUACCACGUUGUUGCAUUUAUCCAGCUGGAAGUGACCACCCUCAUUUCGACACCUCACAUCAGGACCAUGGCCAACCAGAUCAUACAAUUUAACGUAACCCGAAAUGGACAGAUCCUGGUAAACGAUGUGGCAGUGGAAGAAACUGGGAUCGUUGCCAAAAAUGGCCGAAUUUACACCCUGGCCGGAGUUCUUGUUCCUCCGACCAUCGUCCCGAUUCUUCCCCACCGAUGUGACGAGACAAAGAGAGAAAUGAUAUUGGGCUCUUGUAUGAGCUGCUCUCUGGUACGUUGGAGCAAAUGUCCUGCCGACUCCGAGCCUACGACACUCUUCACACACACAUGUGUCUACAGAAGCAGAAUACGGAACCUGAAGAAUGGCUGUGCACGAUACUGUAACGCUACCAUGAAGAUACCGAAGUGCUGUCGUGGUUUCUUUGGGCCUGACUGCAACCCAUGCCCAGGCGGCUUCUUGAGUCCGUGUUCGGGAAAUGGGAAGUGCGGAGAUGGCCUCGGUGGCAAUGGGACCUGCAUUUGUGAGGAUGGCUUCUACGGCUCCAAGUGUCAGUUCUGCUCCAACCCCAACAGAUAUGGACCUCGGUGUAACAGAACCUGUCUGUGUGCUCACGGAGCAUGUGAUAACCGAGUAGACAGUGAUGGAGCCUGCCUCUCAGGAACAUGCAGAGAAGGCACAACCGGGAAGUUCUGCGACAAGCAGACUUCAGCCUGUGGGCCCUAUUUGCAGCUCUGCAACAUCCAUGCCACCUGUGAAUACAGCAACGGCACAGCCAGAUGUGUCUGCAAUGAGGGAUAUGAAGGGGACGGAACUCUCUGUUCUAAGAAGGACCCGUGCAUGGGAUCAACCUCCAGAGGAGGCUGCAACCAAAAUGCAGAAUGCAUCCAAACUGGCCCAGGGACACAUGUCUGUGUGUGCCAGCAGGGCUGGACCGGAAACGGAAGAGACUGUGUGGAGAUCAACAACUGCCUGCUACCUGGCAAAGGUGGUUGCCAUGACAACGCCACCUGUUUAUAUGUAGGCCCUGGGCAGAAUGAAUGUGAGUGCAAGAAAGGGUUUCGGGGAAAUGGGAUUGAUUGUGAGCCAGUCAUUACAUGCUUGGAACAAGCAGAGAAAUGUCACCCCCUGGCCACCUGUCAGUUUGUGUCUUCUGGUGUUUGGAGCUGUGUUUGUCAAGAAGGCUAUGAAGGAAAUGGCCUCCUGUGCUAUGGAAAUGUGUUCAUGGAAUUGUCACUUCUCCCUGAAGCAGCUGUGUUUUACCAAUGGAUAAAUAACGCUUCCCUGCAAUCCCUGCUGUCUGCCACCUCGAAUCUCACUGUCUUCGUGCCUUCCCAGCAAGCCAUUGAGGACAUGGACCAGAAUGAGAAGACCUUCUGGUUGUCAUGGAACAAUAUUCCAACCCUGAUAAAAUAUCACACACUACUUGGCACAUAUGGAAUAGCCGAUCUGCAGAUCCUGUCUUCCUCUGACAUGCUAGCAACAUCCUUGCAAGGAAGCUUCCUUCACCUGGACAAGGGAGAUGGGAAUAUCACAAUUGAGGGGGCCUCCAUUGUGGAUGGGGACAAUGCAGCCACAAAUGGAGUGAUACACGUCAUCAACAAGGUGCUGAUCCCCCAAAGAAGUCUAACUGGCUCCUUACCAAACCUGCUCACCCGUCUGGACCAAAUGCCUGACUAUUCCGUCUUCCGAGGCUAUAUCAUUCAAUACAAUCUGGCAAAUGCAAUCGAGGCUGCAGACACCUACACUGUGUUUGCUCCAAACAAUGAAGCCAUCGAGAAUUAUAUCAGGGAGAAAAAAGCCACAACCCUGGAGGAAGACAUACUUCGGUACCAUGUGGUCCUGGGGGAGAAGCUCCUGAAGAACGACUUGCACAACGGCAUGCACCGAGAGACCAUGCUGGGGUUCUCCUACCUCCUGGGCUUCUUUCUCCACAAUGACCAGCUAUAUGUAAAUGAAGUUCCAAUAAACUACACCAAUGUGGCCACUGACAAAGGAGUGCUCCAUGGUCUGGGGAACGUUCUGGAUAUUCAGAAGAAUCGCUGUGACAAGAAUGACACCACUAUUGUGAGAGGAAUAUGUGGACGGUGCUCCCAGCUAGCAAUCUGCCCACUCGGAACCAAACCAAUGGACGAGACAAGGAAAUGCAUUUACACCAUUUACUUCAUGGGGAAGCGGUCCGCAUUCAUCGGGUGCCAGCAAAAGUGUGUGAGGACCGUCAUCACAAGAGCGUGCUGUGCUGGCUUCUUUGGCCCACAAUGCCAAGCCUGCCCCGGGAAAGGUCAGAAUGUGUGCUCUGGGAAUGGCUUCUGUCUGGAUGGUGUGAAUGGCACUGGCGCAUGCCAGUGUGGGCAGGGCUUCAAUGGAACCGCCUGUGAGACCUGCAUAGAGGGCAAGUAUGGCGUCCACUGUGACCAAGCAUGCUCUUGUGUCCAUGGGAGAUGUAGCCAAGGACCUUCAGGAGACGGCUCGUGUGACUGUGAUGUUGGCUGGCGAGGAGUAAACUGUGACCGUGAGAUCACGAAGGACAACUGCGAUGGGACCUGCCACACCAGUGCCAACUGCCUUCUCGAUCCAGAUGGCAAAGCCUCGUGCAAAUGUGCGGCAGGAUUCCAAGGGAACGGAACAGUCUGCACAGCCAUCAAUGCCUGUGAGAUCAGCAAUGGGGGAUGCUCUGCCCAGGCUGUCUGUAAAAGAACCACCCCAGGACGCCGGGUGUGUGUGUGCAAGGCAGGCUAUACAGGCGAUGGUAUCGUGUGUCUCGAAAUAAACCCAUGUUUGGAGAACAAUGGCGGCUGUGACAAGAACGCAGAGUGCACACAGACAGGGCCCAAUCAGGCCGUCUGCAACUGCUUGCCAAAGUACACUGGCGAUGGGAAGACCUGCACACUCAUCAAUGUCUGCUUAACCAAUAAUGGCGGCUGCAGCCCAUUGGCUAUCUGCACCCACACUGAACAAGAUCAGAGGAUAUGCACCUGUAAGCAGAACUACACGGGGGACGGACUCACCUGCCGCGGCAGCAUCUAUGGGGAACUUCCCAAGAGCCCGACAACCUCCCAGUAUUUCUUCCAGUUACAGGAGCAUGCUGUCCGAGAGCUGGCUGGACCGGGACCCUUCACUGUGUUCGCACCUUCAUCGGAUUCCUUCAAUCAGGAGCCCAGGAUUAAAGACUGGGGUCAGCAGGGCCUCAUGUCUCAGGUUCUUCGGUACCACGUGGUCGCCUGCCAACAGCUGCUGCUGGAAAAUCUCAAAGGAACCACAAAUGCCGUGACCCUCCAAGGCGAGCCCAUCUCCAUCUCUGUCUCUCAGGAUACUGUAUACAUCAACAAUAAGGCCAAGGUCCUGUCCAGUGACAUCAUCAGCACCAAUGGCGUCAUCCACAUCAUAGACAAAUUGCUGUCACCCCAGCACUUGAUUGUGACCCCCAAAGAUGCUUCAGGCAGGGUUCUGCAAAAUCUUACUACAGUGGCAAUGAGCAAUGGAUAUACCAGAUUCAGCAAGUUAAUACAGGACUCGGGCUUGCUGAGUGUCAUCUCUGACCACAUCCACAUCCCGGUCACUCUCUUCUGGCCCACGGACAAAGCUCUCCAAGCCCUGCCCCUGGAGCAGCAGAACUUCCUGUUCCAUCAAGACAACAAGGGCAUGCUGAAGGAGUAUCUCAAGUUCCACGUGAUCAGAGACACCAGGGCCUUAGCUUCAGACCUGCCCCGGGCUGCUUCCUGGAAGACACUACAAGGUUCAGAGCUGAGUGUGUCCUGCGGAACUGGCAGUGCCAUCGGCGAGCUCUUUCUAAAUGGACAAAUGUGCAGGAUCGUGCAGCGGGAGCUCUUAUUUGAUCUGGGCGUGGCCUACGGCAUUGACUGCCUGCUAACAGACCCCUCCCUGGGCGGCCGGUGUGAUACUUUCACUAACUUCAAUGUUUCGGGGGACUGUGGGAGCUGUGUCACCACUCCCAGAUGCCCACGAUGGAGCAAACCGAAGGGUAUGAAGCAGAGGUGUCUCUACAGCCCAGAGCCUUUCAGGAGGAGCCUGGACGGCUGCCAGCAACUGUGUACCCUGGUGGUUCGGAUCCCCAGGUGCUGCAAGGGCUACUUCCUGCCACACUGUCAAGCCUGCCCUGGAGGACCAGAUACGCCUUGUAAUAACCGGGGCGUCUGCCUGGAUCAGUUCUCAGCCGCAGGGCAGUGCCAGUGCCACACCGGGUUCAACGGCACGGCCUGCGAACUGUGCUUGCCGGGGAGAUUCGGGCCUGACUGUCAGCCUUGUGGCUGCUCGGAGCAUGGACAGUGUGACGAGGGGAUCACGGGCUCUGGACAGUGCUUCUGUGAAGCAGGGUGGACUGGCCGCUUCUGCGACACUGUCACAGCUGUGUUCCCAGUGUGCAUCCCUCCCUGUUCUGUGCAUGCCACAUGUAUGGAGAACAGCACAUGCGUGUGUAACUUGAAUUAUGAAGGAGAUGGCAUCACGUGCUCAGUCGUGGAUUUCUGCAAACAGAACAAUGGGGGGUGUGCAAAGGUCGCCAAAUGCUCCCAGAAGGGCACACAAGUCUCCUGUAGCUGCCAGAAGGGUUACCAGGGGGAUGGCCACAGCUGCACAGAGAUAGACCCCUGUGCAGAUGGUGUCAACGGUGGAUGCCAUGAGCAUGCCACCUGCAGGAUGACGGGCCCGGGCAGGCACAAAUGUGAAUGUAAGAGUCACUAUGUGGGGGAUGGACUGGACUGUGAGCCCGAACAGCUACCCCUGGACCGCUGCUUACAGGACAAUGGACAGUGCCACCCAGAUGCCAACUGUGCAGACCUUCAUUUCCAGGACACGACGGUUGGGGUGUUCCAUCUGCGCUCCCCCCUGGGCCAGUACAAACUGACCUUUGACAAAGCCAAAGAGGCAUGUGUCAACGAAGCUGCAUCCAUAGCCACCUACAACCAGCUCUCCUAUGCCCAGAAGGCUAGCUAUCACCUCUGCUCAGCUGGCUGGCUGGAGAGUGGGCGGGUUGGUUACCCCACGACCUAUGCCUCUCCGAAGUGUGGUUCAAACAUUGUUGGGAUAGUGGACUACGGAAUCAGGCCCAACAAGAGUGAAAUGUGGGAUGUCUUCUGCUACCGGAUGAAAGAUGUGAACUGCACCUGCAAGGCAGGCUACGUGGGAGAUGGCUUCUCAUGCAGUGGGAACCUGCUGCAAGUCCUCAUGUCCUUACCCUCGCUCACCAACUUCCUGGCAGAGGUGCUGGCUUAUUCCAACAGCUCAGCCCGAGGCCAGGCAUUUCUGAAACACCUGACCGACCUGUCCAUCCGCGGCACCCUAUUUGUGCCACAGAACAGUGGGCUACUGGAAAAUAGGACCCUGUCUGGGCGGGACAUCGAGCACCACCUUACUAAUGUCAGUGUCUCUUUUUACAAUGACCUUCUCAAUGGUACCGUUCUGAGGACGAGGCUGGGAAGCCAGCUACUCAUCACCUCCAGCCAGGACCAGCUCCACCAAGAGACCAGGUUUGUGGACGGGAGAGUCAUCCUGCAGUGGGACAUCGUUGCCUCCAACGGGCUCAUUCAUAUCAUUUCUGAGCCUUUGAAAGCCCCUCCCAUGCCAGGAACUCCUGCCCACACUGGCCUGGGGACGGGCGUAGUCUGUGCUGUCAUCCUGGUCACUGGCGCAAUUGCUCUGGCUGCCUAUUCUUACUUCCGACUAAACCAGAGAACAAUUGGCUUCCAGCGUUUUGAGUCAGAAGAGGACUUGGCUAUUGGCAAGCAGCAGCCUGAGAAUAUCUCAAACCCUGUGUAUGAGAGCUCAGCGCCGCCGGCACCCCCUGAGACCUCCUGUGACCCCUUCACAGACUCUGAAGAACAGGAGGUGGAGAGCGGCGACCCUCUUGGGGCACUGAGGUCCUGAUGUGAGCCACCAGCCACCAGCCAAUGCCACACA